ACUCCUGCACCUGAACGCUGAGCGUCCACACACGCGGGGAGGGAAACCCUGAGUUUAAUUACACUUCUUUAAGUAAAACGUGUGCGUCUACUGCCCAUGUAAUCUAUUCGUCAUUCUCUGGUUGAUCUUUUUUUGUCAUCCUGCUGACGGGCUGAGUUUGGAUUGUGGCAGAGGGGCGGGAGGAGGAAGCAGAGGAGCGUUGAGCGGCUCUCUGAUGGAGCACCGGGGCUCCUGGCGCUCAGGGCGCACGGCGAACCCGGAGUGAGUGAGGCUGGUGGAUGGACGCUGCCCACCGGUUGCGGCUGUUCACGGCGCUGCCAUGACGGGCACCCAGGAGCCAGACCUGCACGAGCAGCAUGAAGGACCCACACAGGAGGCAGAGGAUGAGGAGGAUGAUGGUGAGAAGGUACGAGUGUCAGUUGAGGAAGAAGAGUUGGAGAACAAAGGAGAAGGAGGGGAGGAGAAGGAAAGGGAGGAGCUCCCGUACCCAACCCUAGCACCAGUAGUUCUGUUGGCUCUGACCCAAACCAGCCCUCCCCGCUCCUGGUGCCUUCGUGUUGUCUGCCACCCAUGGUUUGAGAGAGUGAGCAUUCUGGCCAUCCUGCUGAACUGUGUGACUCUGGGGAUGUUUCAGCCUUGCGGCCACACCCCGAGCUUUCUGCAGACCCUGGACGACGGUAUCUUUGCUUUUUUUGCUGGGGAAAUGGUGGUAAAGAUGGUUGCUCUCGGGGUCAUAGGUCAGAAAGGUUAUCUAGGUGACACAUGGAACAGAUUGGACUUCUUCAUUGUUAUUGUGGGAAUGCUGGAGUACUCACUGGACGGACACAAUGUCAGCCUAUCAGCUAUCAGGACUGUUCGGGUUCUCCGCCCUCUACGAGCUAUCAACAGAGUUCCCAGUAUGCGCAUCCUGGUGACCCUCCUCCUGGACACGCUUCCAAUGUUGGGCAAUGUGUUGGCGCUCUGCUUCUUUGUUUUCUUCAUCUUUGGCAUCGUGGGUGUUCAGCUGUGGGCGGGGCUACUGAGGAACCGCUGUUUCAUGGGAGACGAUUUCAGAAUGAGGUACAACAUCAGCUUCCUGAAUGGUUACUAUCGACCUGAUGGCACAGAUGAUCAUCCGUUCAUCUGCUCAAUGGAGAGGGAAAAUGGGAUGCUUCGGUGCUCUGAUGUGCCUCGUCGUCGUGUGGGCCGGACCUACUGCUCUCUGAGUGCGGAAGAUGCCCAUUCUGAGACGGGACUCACUGUAGAUGGGCCAGUGUCGUGUGUGAAUUGGUACCAGUACUACAACGAGUGCCGAGCUGGGGAAAUAAACCCGCAUAAAGGAGCUAUUAACUUUGAUAAUAUCGGAUAUGCAUGGAUUGCUAUAUUUCAGGUUAUUACCCUGGAGGGUUGGGUAGAUAUCAUGUACUACGUCAUGGAUGCACACUCAUUCUACAACUUCAUUUACUUCAUCUUUCUCAUCAUUGUGGGUUCCUUCUUUAUGAUCAAUCUGUGCCUGGUCGUCAUUGCCACCCAGUUUUCUGAAACUAAGCAGAGAGAACAUGCCUUAAUGAAAUCAGAGGAGCGAGCCCGGCAGCUCCACCAAUCAGCUUCCACGCUGGCAAGCGACAGUCAGCCCGGGAGCUGCUACGAGGAGAUCAUCCGAUAUCUGGCCCACUUGGGUCGUAAAGCAUGGCGACGGCUCUGCCGCUGGAUUGCUCUCUCCCGUUCGCAUCUCCGCUGCACAUGCAUCUGCCGGAAAGGAAGCGGGCCAGCUCGAGGGGGCGGAGCAGGGGAAAUGAACGGACUUGCCAACCGGCACUCUGGUCACGCCCCCAAUGACUUACUACACCUUCAUCAAGUUUAUCAUCUGCACCACCAGCAGCAUCACUAUCCACAGCAGCAGCAUCAGCCUCAAUCUGCGCUGGCCGUCAGUAAUGGAGGAAACGGGUUCAAUUAUCCCUUCAUAUCACCGCUCCUCAGUCACCUGGAUGAUAAGGACCAGGACCAGAAGAGGGUGGUUGCCAUGGAGACCAUUAACAGACUGCCACAGCUGGUGCUGGAGCACAGUGGGUCUGCUGGGCGUCCCUCUUUACCUCUGCCAGGUGAAGCCCCUGGAGAUUCAUUGGUAUGUCCUUACUGUGUCUACUACAACCAACUCAGCGAACAUCCAAAUGAGCAGCUAGAGGACCAGCACCAUGGAAUCCCAUGCAACAGCGACAGCCCGUGUCACAGCGACAGCGUCUGUCAUGGUGAUCCACAGCAAUCUGAGCCAAAAAAAAGACUCUGGCACUGCUGUUGGCUCAGACUCAAAAACAAGCUGGAACUUAUCGUCGGCAGCAGAUACUUCAGCAGAGGAAUCAUGAUUGCCAUCCUCAUUAACACUCUGUCGAUGGGUAUAGAGUACCACGAACAGCCCCAGGAGCUUACAGAUGUUUUGGAGAUAAGUAACAUGGUGUUCACCAGCCUCUUCAGUUUAGAGAUGCUGCUGAAGAUGCUGGCUCUUGGGCUCUUUGGCUACAUCAAGAACCCUUACAACGGCUUUGACAGCAUCAUUGUCAUUAUCAGUGUGUGGGAGAUUGUGGGUGAGGCUGAGGGAGGCCUGUCAGUGCUCCGUACAUUUCGCUUGCUGAGAGUUUUGAAGCUGGUGCGCUUCCUUCCUGCUCUGAGAAGACAGCUAGUGGUGCUCAUGAAGACCAUGGACAAUGUGGCCACAUUCUGCAUGCUGUUAAUGCUCUUCAUUUUCAUAUUCAGCAUUUUGGGGAUGCAUCUGUUUGGGUGCAAGUUUGGUCUGCGUCAAGAAAGUGGAGAAACUUUGGCAGACAGGAAAAACUUUGAUUCCCUGCUUUGGGCGACUGUUACAGUGUUUCAGAUCCUCACCCAGGAAGACUGGAACGCUGUGCUCUACAACGGGAUGGCCUCCACAUCUCCGCUGGCUGCCCUCUACUUCGUGGCCCUCAUGACGUUCGGAAACUAUGUCCUCUUCAACCUGCUUGUUGCCAUUUUAGUUGAGGGUUUUCAGGCUGAAGGAGAUGCCAACAAAUCUGAGGCUGAUGACGAGAGGCAGUCACUGAGCUGUCAGGAUGAGGAGAAGCUGAGAGAGCUGUACGCUGCAGAGCUAAAGAUCCAGGCCAUGAUGCUGACCCCCAAUGGUGUCCUGAACCCCAAAGCUUCUAUGCCUCACCCCGCUCCUCCCCUGCUGCCAGUCAUCACACAUACGGCAGCCACACCUAUCAUAAACUCCAACCAGUCCCGCAGGCCAAGCGGCGUUUCCAUGGAUGUGAACAGUUUGGAGCACAGAGGACUGCCUCUGUGGGACAGCGGCCCAGAGAGCCGUCGCUCCAGCUGGAGCAUCAGCCGUGCACCCAGCCUGCACCGGAGAAGCCAGUCAGGGGAGAUGGAGUCCCUCCUGUCCGACAUGCAUGCAUGCUCCAUCCCAAGCAGCAGAGAGCAGUCCUUGGACCAGUCGGACCAUCUACAGGUGCCCAUGCUUUUCUCUCCGGACUGCAAUGGCACAACCUUUCACCUUCCGGAUCUCGGCUACGAUGAAGCCCCGUCACAUUACCCCAGAGAUCAGGAAGAGGAAGAGAUUGAAGAGAGUUUAUGUCAGAGGCUGAAAAAGAUGCUGGAGCCAUAUGAGCCUCAGUGGUGCCGAGAACACGAAGAGUGGUCGCUGUAUCUGUUUGCUCCACAUAAUGAGUUCAGGAUGUGGUGUCAGAGGGUCAUCAGUCACAAGAUUUUCGAUCACGUCGUCCUGCUUUUUAUAUUUCUGAACUGCAUCACCAUAGCACUGGAAAGGCCUGAUAUUCAUCCUAAGAGCAUGGAGCGAGUGUUUCUCAGCGUGUCCAAUUACAUCUUUACCGUCAUCUUUGUGGGCGAGAUGAUGAUCAAGGUUGUAGCAAUGGGCCUGUACUUUGGAGAAGGUGUGUACCUGCAGAGCAGCUGGAACAUAUUGGAUGGCGUGUUAGUGUUUGUGUCCAUGGUGGACAUCUUGGUCUCCAUCGCAUCAGCGGGUGGUAAUCGAAUCCUGGGCAUGCUGCGAGUCCUUCGCCUUCUUCGCACCCUGCGGCCACUAAGGGUGAUAAGUCGGGCUCCAGGUCUAAAACUGGUUGUAGAGACCCUGAUCACAUCUCUCAGACCAAUCGGAAAUAUUGUUCUCAUCUGCUGCGCAUUUUUCAUCGUGUUUGGGAUUUUAGGAGUGCAGCUUUUUAAAGGCAAAUUUUUCUACUGCGACGGGCUAAAUGUCAGCAACAUCACAAAGAAAACCGAGUGUCUGCAGGCAGGUUAUCGCUGGAUUCGGCGGAAAUACAACUUUGACAACCUCGGACAGGCUCUGAUGUCACUCUUUGUGCUGUCCUGUAAGGACGGCUGGGUGAGCAUCAUGUAUGACGGCCUGGACGCUGUUGGGGUGGACCAGCAGCCCAAAAGAAACAACAACCCUUGGAUGCUGCUGUUCUUCAUCUCUUUCCUCCUCAUUGUCAGCUUUUUCGUGCUCAACAUGUUCGUGGGCGUGGUGGUGGAAAACUUUCACAAGUGUCGCCAGCAGCAGGAGGAGGAAGAAGCUAGGCUGAGGGAGGAGAAGAGACAGAAGCGGCUGGAGAAAAGGAGGAGAAGGGCCCUAGAGAAGCCAUAUUACGCCGACUACUCCCCGCUGCGCCGAUCUAUACACACAGUGUGCACCAGCCACUACCUGGAUCUCUUCAUCACCAUCAUCAUCUUCACAAACCUUCUCACCAUGAGCAUGGAGCACUACAACCAGCCUAAGUACCUGGAAGAGAUACUGAAGUAUUGCAAUUAUGUCUUCACUCUGGUUUUCGUGAUUGAGGCGAUUCUGAAACUCAUCGCCUUUGGCCUGCGACGAUUUUUCAAAGAGAGAUGGAACCAGUUGGACCUAGCUAUCGUGUUGCUGUCCAUAAUGGGAAUCACGCUGGAGGAAAUAGACCUGAGUGCUUCCCUCCCCAUCAAUCCCACAAUUAUACGGAUCAUGAGGGUCCUCAGAAUAACAAGAGUGCUGAAGCUGUUGAAGAUGGCCACAGGGAUGAGAGCUCUGUUGGACACCGUGAUGCAAGCUCUGCCUCAGGUGGGGAAUCUGGGUCUGCUCUUCAUGUUGCUGUUCUUCAUCUAUGCAGCUCUGGGAGUUGAGCUCUUUGGAAAACUGGAGUGUUCAGACGAGAACCCUUGUGAGGGUCUUAGUCGGCACGCCACCUUCGACAACUUUGGCAUGGCUUUCCUCACGCUCUUCCGGGUGUCCACCGGAGACAACUGGAAUGGGAUUAUGAAGGACACGCUGAGAGAUUGCCGCCCGAAUGACCGUCACUGCCUCAGCUACCUGCCCUUGAUCUCCCCUGUCUACUUUGUCACUUUCGUCCUCACGGCACAGUUCGUGCUGGUCAACGUGGUCGUCGCCGUUCUGAUGAAGCACCUGGAGGAAAGCAACAAGGAGGCGCAGCUGGAGGAGAUGGAGGAGAGGAAGGAGAUGGAGGAGAAGAAGGAGAUGGAAGAGAGACGGGAGAGGGAGGAGGCGACCCGCCGUCUCAGCUGCAUGUCGGUAGGUGGAGACCUAGAGAUGAACGUGGAGCCACCUGUUCAGGUGCAACUGGAAAACGAGGACUGUUCCCAUGGAAACCUGCGGAGGAUGGGACGCAUGCUGUCUCUCCCCAGCGACAACUAUGUCCCACCUCUCAGAUACUCCUCUUACACCCCCAUUGGCCUCGAGGCCGUUUGUGGCUACAGCUACUCAGGCUCCAUGUCUUCUCUGGGUACCAGUGGAGGCAGCUCUCUGCUGCAGGUUCCAGGAGCUCUUCCUGCAAUCAGCCAUGCCUCUCUAGGAUCCGGACGUAGCUCCAAGCCCAUAAUCUGGCUCAGCACCUCUCAGACCACUGACAAGCAAUCACUACACAGACUCAGUCCAGCUGACAGCAUGGAGGGAUACAGGCUCAGUUCAGCUUACCGGACAAACAGGCACAGACUGAGCUCAGCUCACAGUAUAGAUGGCUACAGAUUCAGCCCUACCCAUAGAAUAAAAAGACACAGACUCAGCUCCACUCGCAGUAUGGAUGGAUAUAGGCUGAACCCAGAUCCCAACACAGACCGGCCAAAGCUCCUGUCCAGCCACAGUAUAGACAGAUAUCCAUCUGUCAGGCUGAGUCCUACAGAUGCUGAGAGAAGACGUUCAUGCUGGCUCAGUCCUGAGGAGAGUUUGGACAGAAACAAGCUCAGUCCCACCUACGUUCCAGAGAGUUCGGUCCUAAAGCGACCAGCAUCCUUCCGCUCUGCAGGCAGACAGCUAAGAAGACAGGAGGCCGUGCGCUGUGACUCUCUGGAUCAGAGCGGUUCAGCUGACAACCUGGCAGAAACCUGUCUCACUGUGCCCACGACCUUAUCCUCUCCACCACGUCAGCGAUCAUCCAGCGUACACACUUUGAAAUAUGCUCACCCCCAGAGGGUCAUCUCAUGUAGGAGCCACAGCCGGAGCCACAGCGAGGCUACUACCCAUGAACAUGUACCUGAGCAGGCCAUCUGCGGCUCUCAGCCAGACACAGAUGCAGAAAAAAGACCCGUCAGCCCCCAGGACCAAUGUAAUUUGAAGAUCACCAGCACUGAAUCCACCCUUUCAUCUCCACUUCUUUUCUCAAGAGUGGCCUGCCCUGGCACUGGCGCUGGCGCUGGUUCAGACCCCACCCCCAAGCUGGACGAUGCUGAUAAUGAAGUCAAUCUUAUAAACAGUUCAGUCCCACAGCCUCCUCCUGGCUCCUUACAGAAAAGCGGACACCUCUCCCCAGGUACUGUAGAGCACCGGAAUCGCAUCAGUCAUUCAGCGUCGCCUGUGUCGGGAAGGAACAGGAAGCAGCGGAUGAGUCCGCCUCCGGGGGAGGAGCCAGUCACAACAGCAACUCAGUUUAUAGACAGCAGUGUUGACCUGAGGAGGCGGACUCUGUCGUUUGACGCAACCAGUGUCUCUCCAAACCAGCAGGAGUGGAGCUCUGUGGAUGACUAACAAACUGGGACAAAUAUUGUACUGAAGUAGGCAUGAGAAGGAUGUGAGCUGCAAUCUAAAACAGAAGGGUCUCCUGUCCCACCAGAGGCCCUGUUCUCUUAUCAGAUUUCCACUGGGUGUGAAAAUAAUUUAUGAUGUGUGUAUGAGUGAGAAUGCCUAAAGACUCUUUUGUGCGUCUUGCACACAUGAAAGAGAAGUUUCCCUUUCUUCUAUCAUAGUCUUAGCUUUAGUUCACACACAGCAGCCGCCAAGUCCCGGCUCUAUUUAUUCGACUGGUAAAUUCCCUCCUCUUGCUUGCUCUUCACCUGUUGCCAUCAGUCAUCUUUUUCCCCACAAGCCUAGGUCAGAAUACAACACAGCGAUUGAAGUUCUUAUUUACAGUGCCUUGCAAAAGUAUUUAAAUGAUCUGAACGUUUCUGCAUUUUUUCAUUUUACAAUAUCAAGCUGCUUUGAAUUUCAGUGGGAUUUUGUGUGAUAGUUAAAAAUAAAUUAUUGCAUAAUUGCAGAGGAAAAUUAAAUAGACAUCCAUUUUUUAACCCGUUCUACUAGAUUAAAAUUUAAAAAGCGAGGCAUAUUAAACCUCUCCUGAGUCUAUAUAUUUUAGAAGCCCCUAUAGCUGCAUGUCCUCAUAGAUGAUGAACCCCCAGCACCGACCCACCUCAGGUUUAACUCUUAGCCACAAGUUUUCCAGAGUUUUCCAAUAUUUACUUUUAUUCAGUUUCUGCUCUGACCAGUUUCCCAGUCCCUGCUGAAGAGAAGCACUCCCUCAGCAUGACUCUCUUACCACCAUGUUCUGCAGUUGGAAUAGUUUGUCCACAGUGAUAUUUACUCUGCACCAUGUAAUUGAUUUAUUACAGAAAAUGAAAAAAUAAGCUUUUCAUGACUAGAGCACCCUCGAUCGGUUUUUUGACUGAUUGCUAACUGCAAACAUAGGACUUCCUUUGGUUUUGUUUAACACCAUUUGAGGAGUUACGUGACUAACGGGGAGCAAAAAGCAGUGAUCAUCUGUCUGAACGGUAAGUUAACGGAGUUCACUUUAAAGUCCACUAUAUAGUCCCCGCUCUAUAUAGUGAUUGAGGGAUUUAGGGGUUAGGGCAGACGUUC